UCUCUCAGAUAACUUUACUGUGUUGAACUUGCAUUCAGUAUGAUUCGUCUAAUUCUACUCCUGGCGGCCGCCUGCGUUAUGGCAUAUGGUUGUCCAACCAUUGUAAGCAGGGCUCAGUGGGGUGCGAAGAGCUCAAAGUGCACAAGAAGGCUGUCUACUCCUGUUCCUAAUGUGGUCAUCCACCACACGGCAGGGGCCGCCUGCAGUUCCAGGUCGAAAUGUAACACACGAGUCAGGAAUAUACAAAAGUUUCAUAUGAAUUCUAGAGGCUGGUGUGACAUCGGCUACAAUUUCCUGAUUGGAGAGGACGGCGCUGUGUAUGAAGGCCGAGGAUGGACAACCCAUGGAUCACAUGCAUUAACCUACAACCCCAUCUCCGUCGGUAUCAGCUUUAUAGGAUCCUUUGGUGGUCGUGCUCCCAAUGCUGCUGCUCUUAAUGCAGCUAAGCGUCUCAUUGCUUGUGGAGUCUCCAAAAAUUUCAUCAGAAGAGCUCAUACAGUGAAGGGACAUCGCAAUGUAAUGAAAACAAAAUGCCCAGGAAAUAGCUUGUACAAGAUCAUCCAACGUUGGCCAGGCUUUAAAGCUUAAGAGCAAUGUCUGGAGAUACUGAAGACUCUUUAAAGCUUCAAGAAAAGCCAAAGCUAAGAAGAUGCUGAGAAUAUGCAAUGCUGAAUAUGCCAUGUCCAAUUCUCCGAACAUUGGAGUUUGUAUACAUGCUUGUACAGAGUGCCUGACAUUUCUUCUUCAUACAUUAAUUAAAGGUCUUUCGAUAUCUCUUUAUAUUGUUGACACUUUUCUUUAGUACAGUUUUAGUUCAAUGGCUAAAUUAAUGGGAAGCAAAAAGUUGUCUAAAACCACAUCCAGGGUGACUAUCAUGAU